UGAAAGAGUGGAGGUGACACCUCUGGCAGCACACUGGGCCCUGACUGUCGGCCCUGCCUGUCACAGGCCCUGCUCACAGUUCGAUAUUGGCUAUGAGGGCUUACCUGGUUUUGUCUGUGCUCUUGGGAUGGGGCUGCAUAGUUGGCCCUCGGGGGACGAAGGCACAGCAGCCAGGAACGCCACUCUCCAACCAGGAGUACCGCCAGUUCUUCAAGUUCCUCCGGAUCACACUCCAAGCCAGCACUGCCUGCCAUCUUCGUGAGCUGUAUGGCUGCCAGAACUCACUGGUCCAGACACUGGACAAGUACGAAAACCACGGAGUCAUCCCUCAAGGACCCGUAUGCUCUGAAAUGCCAGGAAAUCCUUUCUUCCCAAACUUCUGCACCUUUUCUUUUUAUCGCUGUAUUAAGAAAAAGUAUUUUCUUAAGAGGAUUGCAUGCCCAGGAGAGAGCAGCGCCAAUCUGCACAACACAGCAGGCGCCAACGACGUUACCACGAGCAGUGAUGCCAUGUCAUCCAGAAACUUCGGUCCCCAGCCACUUUACCCCACAUCUCCCACAAGUACCCAUCCAGCUGGCUCCAGCCCUGACACGGAAGUAUCUGUGACCCCCACCUUCUUACCUGCUGGCCCACAAGCCACAGAGGCGACAGCCGGUGGCCAGCAGCUGCCACACAGUGACAUUGAGGAUCUCCUCCUCAGGCUGCUAGACAGCCAGGUGCAGAGCUCGCUGCAGACAAUGAAGUUGUUGUUGUCCGUUGGGAAGGCAGUGAAGGAAGAAGAGUUGCAGGAGGCUGCCUCAAGGCUGCUGGAGGCCCUGAACAAUGCAAAUGUGCCUCAAUCACCAAACAACUGACACAGGUCAACAGUGUGGGAAAGACAGAGGAAAAGCCACCUCUUCCAAGUGCAAGGGGAAACAGAGUCAUGUGAAAUGCUACUGCUCAGGAUUCAAAGAAAAAGAUGGUAUCCUCUUGGAAGUGAACGCACUGAAAAGAUGCUGAUCUGUCCUGCAAAAACUGUUUGCUCACUAUUGUGAUGGUGCUUGUUGUGUCACUCAAGGAAUGUCAUGGGAGAAUGUUGUCUUUUCUUCAUUAAAUGUAGGUGCUUCUGCUCAAAA